AGCCCCAGCAACUCCGACCAGGACAAUCGGCCUGUGAAGAUGCGGCUCCUCCUGCUCCUCUUAGUCUGCAUUCUGGUACCAAGGACAGAGACAGGGGAGAUCAUCGGGGGACAUGAGGCCCAGCCCCACUCUCGUCCCUACAUGGCAUAUGUUCAUUUCUGGAAAGAUGGAAAACAUAAAUGUGGUGGUUUCCUGAUCCAAGAAGACGUUGUUCUGACGGCUGCUCACUGUUUUGGAAGUUUCAUGAGUGUCACCAUGGGCGCCCAUGACAUCAGUCAGAAGGAAGAGACACAGCAGGUCAUUCCUGUGAAAAAACCCAUCCCCCACCCAGACUAUGAUAAAAAGACACAUGUGAAUGACAUCAUGCUCCUACAGUUGGAGAAAAGAGCCAAAUUGACAAAUGCUGUAGACAUACUGCAGCUACCUAAGACAGAAACCCAGAUAACACCAGGGACGAUAUGCAGCGUGGCCGGCUGGGGUAAACUCUCACUCAAAAUUUCAACAUCGAAACUGCAUGAGGUGAACCUGGCUGUGCAGAAUGACAAGGAGUGUGUGUCCCGCUACCGUGAUUACAAGAGCGCCUCUGAGAUAUGUGUGGGAGACCGAAAGAAAAAGGCUUCUUCCUUUCAGGGAGACUCUGGAGGCCCGCUCGUGUGUGACAACGUGGCUCAGGGCAUUGUCUCCUAUGGAAGAAAGAAUGCGACUCCUCCACGGGUCUUCACCAAAGUCUCCAGGUUCCUGAAAUGGAUAAAGGAGAUCAUAAAGAGCCUCCAAAUCAAGAAAUCAGACUGA